GGAGACUAUAGGACGAUUUUCUUGAGCUUGUGUGAAAAAUGCCCUUGCCACCGAAUCUUCCGGUUCCCCAUAUUGUGGGUGAUGAUGAAGUCGAUGAAAAUGCUCCACCGUCCCCAGGUCAGCGGCUGGAGACGGACUAUUGUCUCUCCGAUUCGUCCCACGAUUAUGAUCGCAAUGCAUUCGAAGAAGAGACUUCCUCUAGCUCGGACGGGGCUGAUUGGUCCAUGAAUGUUACUAGCAUAGCUGCCACCCCGGGACAUAUCCCGAUCGUUGCUGCUACGCCUAUGAUAAAACAUGUGGUUGCGGGACAGCGCCGACCUCCCAUACCGAUUUUUUCUGAAACUGAAAAUGAUGCUCCUCCAAUGGGGGAGAUGGAGGUUGAUCUAGAGCAGCCAUCGAUUUUUUCAUUUCUCAAUUUACACCGUACAUGUCUGGUGACCAAUGGAGUAACGUGGCUGCUGGCGAUCCUAAGGAAGAGGAGGUCACUAGCUCCUCAUCCAGUGACGACUCUUCGCCGAAACCACGUUCGUCGAGGAACUCGAGAAAAGCUAGGGCUGUGCGCAGGCUUCGCUCCGCUGCGAGAACCAUGGCAAGACGCAAGGCUCCGCGUGCGGGCGCAUGUCCAAGAAGAGAACUAGAGGAUUCCGGAUAAUGCUCUGGCCAAACCACUCGAUAUCACAGCUUACUUUCGUGUACUGUCCGCCAAUCUUGUCCGUUAUCGGUCACCCGUACUUCGUUCCAAUUUGUUCGUGACAGCUUCAAUCGCAUUUUGUUCGAGACCUAUGCAGAUCAAUCGUUGAUUCCUCCCUCAGCACGUUCUGUACGCUAGAGAGAGAAAAAAGAAAACAUACACAUGUAUAUGUAAUUUUUUGAAGAUGGAAAACAUGUUCUAAGAGAUUUGAAGAUUACUUUACAUGGAGUUUUGGAAUGGGUUUACAAAGUUUAAACGAAGCUUGUAUUUCAA